AUGGAAAUAUUUACUAACUUACCAUUGGUAAAAACUGAUAAAGAUUUUGAUUUAAAACGAAUAUCACUAUCGUCAACUGUGACUAUUCUUUUUACACAAUCUAAAAUUAUUCGUAACAGUAAUGAAAAUAGUACUUCAGAAACAAUAACAACAACAUCGAAAUCAAAUGAAAAAAUUGAAAAUCCAAAUUCUGGAAAACCAUUGAUCAUUAUACUUGCCAUUACAUUACCAACUCUAGCAAUAAUAGUUCUUUUAUUACUUUUAUUCGUAUGUUAUCGACGGCGUCAUUCAUCAAUUUGGCUUAAAAAAAUAGAUAAUGACAGUCCGCUAAAGUCAAUUGUUGUGAAUACAUCACUUCAACCUGAGUAAGUUAUAUAACAUUGAAAUUCUAUAUUCUAAUAGCAUGGACAUUUUUUGUUAAUGGUUUCACACCGAAAAGUUAACAGUUCCUAUUUUUCCGUUAACAAACAAAUGUUUUCACUGUUGUCACGGAAAUGUGAACUGUAUUUUUAGUAAAAGAAAAAUAUGUCUAGGAAUAUACUGAAAUGUUACGGGUAGCCGGGGGGGGGGGGCGGGGGGGGGGGGGGGGGGGGGGGGGGGGGGGGGGGGGGGGGGGGGGGGGGCGGG